AAACACUGCCCUCAAUAACCCCCAACCCCUCCCAUCCUACAACACACGCACACGCUCACACACUUUUGAAAGUGAAUUUGAAGUUCUGCCAGUUCCUCAUCAGCGCUUACCUCCAGACGUCAUGUAUGCAAGAUAUAUGUCAAGUACUUCCCCAUAUUUGAAGUGGAAGGGAAAAACAAGCAUUGCUCACUGCUUGUGAGAAAGCCAUUUGUGUUAGAGAUGGUUAUGAAAGAACCCAUGUGUUUGGCUGUGCCCACUGUUGUCACGGAGACCCGCAUUCCCCGGACGACUGUCCAUGUUAAUUGUUAAAUUCCACCCACUCAUGCUUCUGGCCCCUGGACACAAUCAAACAAGUAUGGACACCCUCAUAUACGGACACAAAACAGCUGUUUGGCUCCAGCAGAUCACCACAAAGGGCCUUAAGAAGUUCUUUGCUGUCAAAUGUUUGGGAACUUGGGCCAAGUCUCAGGGCGAGUCCAAGAGGAACCUACAACACAAACUCCAUUUCAUAUACAACUUUUAAUUCCUCAUGACCAAAGGUUUGCGAGUGAGAAGUGUUGGAAGUGAGGCAACGCUGCCUGCAUGGAAAUCGGACGAGGCAGGUGUGUGGCGGGCCCCCCAAAGGAAAUUUACGUCAAGGCAGGUGAGAUGGUUGUGCUGCAGUGCCAACGGGCAUCUCAUCGUUUUGACCACGCUCCAGUAAUAUGGACCAGUGAGAGCGAGCUGCCGAUGGACCUGAGCAACAUGUCACCGGCUGAACAGAGACAGAAGGGUCUCCUUUUUUUUGACACGAGCCUUUUCAUUCUCACUGCUUCAGUAAACCAUCAGGGCAACUACUCGUGUUCACAAAGGAAUGUAAGUGAAAAGUUGUGGUUCAGGCUGACCGUGUACACCACACUGACUAGAGAGCUGGAAGACAGAACUUGGUACCCGAUGACAUGUUACACACAAGAGUCCUGCACUUUGAGCUGUUCAGAAGUCAACAUCCCACCUUCAAAUAAUCCCUACUUCACCAGUUCUGACAUCAUAUGGCACAAAGAGGGCAAGUCAGCGCAGAAAGUUAAGAGCUACUUCUCAAGUGUGGAAGACACAGAUUCUGGUGUCUACACCUGCACCAGGCCUUACCUCUUUGAUGGUCAAAUCUAUAACAUGAGCUUCACGUUGGAGUUGGACGUCCAGCCUAGUCAGAGAAGCAAACAUGCUGUGAUCUCCUACCCAAGGGCAAAUGAAACUAUUUAUGUGGAUGUGGGCUCACCGGCUGUGAUUAAAUGUGAAGCUGUAGUAUAUUCAGACCUCAGUUCCUUGUUUUGGAUGAGUGGCAACACAUUUGUGGAAAAGAAUGACUCCUUCCCAGUCUUCUGCAAUUAUACAAGGGAAAGUUUGACUGAAGGUGUAAAAAACACUGUAAAUUUGGUGUUCAAAGAAGUAACAGAGGACGAUCUCUCAAAUAAUUACACCUGUAAAAUGCAAUCUUUUUCACGCUCAAUCGUCAUCACCAUUACCUUGGCCAAAAAAGUUCAAGGUUCCCACUUGCCUGUAGCACUCUGCCCUGUGGUUAUCAUGGCAAUAAUGGCCGCAACUGUCAGUGUCUAUGUCAAAUUCAAAAUUGAACUCAUUCUCUUCCUGCGAAACACUCUGGGCUGUCAUAGGAAAACCUCAGAUGGGAAGACCUAUGAUGUAUUUCUCAUGUGUUAUAAGAGCGACAAAGUGACAGGAUUGAAAGCAUGCGAUACAAAGUGGCUAGAGAAUGUUCUAGAAGAACAUUUCGGCUAUAAGCUCUGCCUCUUUGAUCGGGAUGUACAACCAGGAAAAGCUGCAUCCGAGGCGCUGCUAGACUGCAUAGAACAAAGUCAAUCGGUGGUCCUGGUACCUUCCCCUCUGGCUGAGAAUCUGGAAACUGGCUUGUUGAGUGCCAUCCACGCAGCCCUAGUGGAACGCAAGACGAGCUUGGUUGUCAUCAAACCUGGGAAUGUGAAAGAAGACAAAUGGGAGCCCGCACCAGAGGCCUUCAAGCUCCUUGAGAAGAUGGGCCACUGCGUCACAUGGGAGGGCUUAAGUUCUCUGCCGCCUUCUUCCGCCUUCUGGAAGAAGCUCCGCUAUCAUUUCCCGGCAGCGUGCACUAAAAACAAAGCUUUACCUUUAGAAGCUCUUCCGUAGAAGCUCUCGCAAACCUCCAGUACACCUGCGGAUGAUCUGAUGUGAACUGCCAUGAACGGGCUAAUGGGAAUUAGCAAAGAUGUCACGGGAAGAGAGAAAGGAAUCGGCUUUGCGACCUUGAUUGCUGGGGAGUCGAGCGGGGAAAGGGAAAGAAAUAGACGGGACACACUGACCUUCUUGCCGAUUCUGAGGAAUUUGUUGAUUGAAUGUCUAAAUCAUCCAUCUUCUUUGUAGUGUUGGCUCACUGUCUUCAAAUAAAAAGCUGAGUUGACUCGC